UUACACUCAUUCCUCAUAUCAACUCACUUAUUUACUUAUUUAUUAUUAUCACUUCACUCGUUGAACUCCUCACUUCUAUAAAUACCUCCACUCCAAAUCACACACAAAUUAACAAACCCUAAAACACUAACGAACAAUCCAAAACAUAGAACUAUGACAUCGGUGCCGGUCCGGGCGCCAACACGCGGUGGUGGUGGCGGAGGUGGAAGCAGGUGGUGUCCCACGCCGGAGCAGGUGAUGAUGCUAGAGGGAAUGUAUAGAGGUGGCCUGAAAACACCAACAGCAACUCAGAUACAACAAAUCACUGCAAGAUUGUCUAUUUAUGGCAAAAUUCAAGGCAAAAAUGUGUUCUACUGGUUUCAGAAUCACAAGGCUCGUGACCGCCAAAAGCUUAGAAAGAAAUUAAUGGUGUUGUACCAGCAACAUCGUCUUUAUCCUACUCAUCAUCAUCCGUUUCUUCCUCUUCAUCAGGUUGCUGGAGUUGAAGAUUCAUCAGAAUGCAAACCAUCGAUGAACAACUGGAAGGUGGAUAUCCCAUCUGAUAGCACCUGCAAACUCACAUGUGAUUGCUCACUCAUGACAAUGAUGACAAUGGAUCAUUAUGCUACAACUCCAUAUUGCACAAGAUUACCACCCAAAACCCUACAACUCUUCCCACUCACCACCAUGGAUCUCAAAGAAGCUGAUGAUCUGUCCACCACCUCCAAACCCUAAUCUACUUUUGACUUAAUAUUAAUGAUCAUAUAGUAGUAAUAGGUGAUAAUCAGUUAAGGAAACUAAUCUAGGGUGGUAGGGUUAGAUUAGGGUUAGGGUUUUAAAAUAACUUGUGGUUUAUUUAUGUCACUAGGCCUUUUGGUAGCAAUGUAGUACUGGUACUAUAUAUAAAGAAAGAUGAAUGAUCAGAAUUGUUGCCUAACAAGCUAGCAUAUUCAGUGUUU